AUGUCUACUUCAACAACUAUGUCAUCUUCAUCUUCAAAUUAUGAUUCUUCCUCACCGAAUACUAUAACUUCGGCACCUAGCAUAUUAUACCAGACUCAAUUAGUUGAAUGGGUGCCAUUACAAACUAACAAUACAAUUCAAAUGAUAUUAGGACCAACAAUUUGGGACAUAAAUGAUUUUCCUCCUGGCUCUUCACAUUACUCAGUUGAUUUUAGUAUAUCUAGAAAUCCAUAUAAUUUUUAUCAAACUCAAGUUGUACCUAUUUAUUUUUUUCCAAAUAAUGGUACUUCGAGUUUAUCACUUGGCCAAAUUGAUAUUUAUGUUGAUGAUAACGAAAGUUUAUCAAGAAAAAAUGGUGGUGAUGAAUCUAUUAAAGUUUCUUCAUUCUUAAUAUGUUUGUUUGUACUUAUAAACACAUUAUUAAGUUGA